CUUGAACAAUAAUAUUGACUUGGUGAUUGAAUCGAAUGUACCUCAGGCUAAACAAAGAUACCCUUCAUCUUAAUCAAGCUUAAUCAAGAACAGAUCACUUGCCCUCAACGUUUAAUCGCUAGACACCACACCUUCCAACACAACCAUCUCCAGCCUUGCAGUCCUUGUAAAGGUAUUGCAGGCUAGUAUCUGACUUGUUAAACACGCCACUGUGAUGGAACCCGGAUACACCAUGGAGGACAUUGCACCUAUUGCCGUUCUAAUGGACGAGCUGCGCUCGGAAGACGUUCAACUACGCCUCAACGCCAUCCACAGCAUACCCACGAUUGCACUUGCUUUAGGGCCAGAUCGCGCCCGUGACGAGCUUGUUCCAUUCUUGCAAGAUUCCGUCGAUGAUGAGGAUGAAGUACUACUGGCUUUGGCCAAAGAGCUUGGAAGGAAUUUUGAGGAGUACAUUGGUGGAAAGCAAUUCGCUCAUGUGCUGCUAGGCCCCCUGGAGAAUUUAUCCGCAGUAGAAGAGACCCUGGUACGGGACAAGGCUGCAGAAUCUAUCGCCAAAAUAGCUGAAGUUCUAUCUACUCCGCAAAUCGAAGAGUUUUACAUUCCACUCCUGAAACGGCUCUCACAGGGCGAAUGGUUUACAUCGCGCACCUCUUCUGCUGCCCUGUAUCCUCCAGUUUACACCAAAGUAUCGUGGUCAAUCCAAGAGGAUCUCCGGAAGGGCUUCGCCGCUCUGGGUGCAGAUGAUACACCUAUGGUCAGACGUGCUGCAGCAAAGUGGCUCGGGCCAUUCGUUAAAAACCUGUCAAAGCAACAUGUCUUGUCGGAUGGGCUACCUAUUUACCGCAGACUCCAAUCCGAUGAUCAGGAUUCUGUGCGCUUACUCACAGUAGAAGAUCUUAUUGUUAUCGCGAAGCAACUUACGCCACCUGAGGUGAAGGAGCAGCUGUUGAAGCAAAUCAGACACAGUAUUGCUGAUAAGAGCUGGCGAGUGCGAUAUAUGGCCGCAACACAUUUCAAUGAGCUCGCAGAAGCCGUCGGCACAGAACUGGUCAGGGAGGAGUUAAUAGGACAAUAUGUGCAGCUUCUGAAAGAUAAUGAGGCAGAAGUACGCACAGCGGCUGCGGGCCAGAUCCCAGGGUUUUCGAAAUUGCUCGAGAAGGAAGUCAUCCUUGCACGCAUCGUGCCUUGCGUGCGUGACCUCUCGCACGACGCGUCUCAGCACGUGCGAGCCGCUCUUGCAAAUCAUAUCAGUGGCCUUGCACCGCUCUUGGGCAGAGAUGCUACUAUUGAGCAUCUCUUACCCUUGUUCCUUCAUCUAUUAAAGGACGAAUUUCCCGAAGUUCGACUCAACGUCAUCAGUAAGCUCGAGACUGUGAAUGGCGUCAUUGAUAUCGAACUCCUGUCUGAUAGUCUUCUCCCCGCCAUCAUUGAGCUUGCAGAGGAUAAGUCAUGGCGCGUCAGACAGGCUAUCAUAGAAUAUAUCCCCCUUCUCGCAACACAACUCGGCAAACCUUUCUUCGAUGAACAGCUCGGCAACUUGUGCAUGUCCUGGUUGGGUGACACGGUCUUCAGUAUACGCGAAUCUGCAACCAUCAACCUCAAGAAACUGACAGAAGUCUUCGGCGUCGAUUGGGCGAAGGUUCAGAUUGUCCCCAAGGUCAUGGGUAUGGGGCAACAUCCAAAUUACCUCUACAGGAUGACCACCGUGCAAGCGAUCACAACUAUCGCACCUUCCCUGAAUCUUGCAAUCGUUCAAGCUGAGAUUAUCGGGCCGCUCCUGCAGCUUGCUGAAGACCCCAUCCCGAACAUCCGCUUCAACGUCGCCAAGUCUCUAGAAAUUCUCGCCACUACAUAUGGAAAUACUACGGAGGGUCGCGACUUUGUCUGCCAAAGCAUUGCUCCGGUACUAGAGCGGCAGAAAACAGAUUCCGACGCAGACGUGCGUUACUUCGCCGCACGGGCCCUUCAAAAAGCGUCAGCGGAUAUGUUAGGUUGAUUAGGCGGUCUUUGCAGUCUGCACAUACCCCUUUCACCCCUUUGAGUCUUUUCUCGCACUCACGAACAUUUCAAGAGAAUAAAUAGUACCGUACCUUCUUUUGUGCUCAAUGAAUCAUGAACUGCAGACAAAACACUGCCUAUUAUGCUCCUCGUACCAACGCGCAGCGCAUCUGAUUACAUCGACGAAGACUUUCUUGGCAGAUCCUGUCGUUGGUCUGCCGCACACAACGCAUGCCCAGUCUUCCUUAAACUAUAUAGAAAUCGUAAUGCAUUUGGUAGUACCCGUAUGAUCGGGCUCGCGAUAUUCGUGCAUUGAUGUUGUGUCUUCGAGAAGCUUGCUCACGAUUCUACAGGUCAAGUGGUAUUG